CAAUGACAAAUUCUGGAUGCAGUUAGAUCCUGAGAGGCAGAGUGGCAGGACCUAGUCUGAGCUGUGUCUCUGACUCAUUUUUGACUUCAGGCAAGAAAAAUGAUAAAAAAUUUGGAAGAAAAUGCCUAAAAGGAGUCUCUAAGUCGGUGUUUAUGGUUGUUUCAGUGGGGAAAAUGGUGAAGAUGUUCAGUUUCAUCCUUGUCACCACCAUUCUGGUAAUGGGCAGGGAAAGCUGGGCUCUUGAGAACUGUCUCCAGGAGCAGGCACGGCUCAGAGCCCAGGUGCACUUGCUUGAGACGCGGGUCAAGCAGCAACAGGUCAAGAUCACACAGCUUUUGCAUGAGAAGGAAAUCCAGUUCCUUGAUAAAGGAGAGGAGAAUAAUGUCAUUGACCUUGGAGGCAAGAGGCAAUAUGCAGACUGUUCAGAGAUUUUUAAUGAUGGGCAUAAGCGCAGUGGAUUUUACAAAAUCAAACCUCUCCAGAGCCCAACAAUAUUCUCCGUUUACUGUGACAUGUCUGAUGGAGGAGGAUGGACUGUAAUUCAGAGACGAUCUGAUGGCAGUGAGAACUUUAACAGAGGUUGGAAUGACUAUGAAAAUGGCUUUGGAAAUUUUGUUCGGGAAAAUGGUGAAUAUUGGCUGGGUAAUAAAAAUCUCCACUUACUGACCACACAAGGAGACUACACUUUAAAAAUCGACCUUGCAGAUUUUGAAAAAAAUAGCCGUUACGCACAAUAUAAACUUUUCAGAGUUGGGGAUGAAAAGAAUUCCUAUGAGCUGAAUAUCGGGGAAUAUUCUGGAACAGCUGGAGACUCCCUUGCAGGGAAUCUUCAUCCUGAGGUGCAAUGGUGGGGUAGUCACCAAAGAAUGAAAUUCAGCACAUGGGACAGAGAUAAUGACAACUAUGAAGGAAACUGUGCAGAAGAAGAUCAGUCUGGCUGGUGGUUUAACAGGUGUCACUCCGCAAACCUGAAUGGCUUAUACUACCCGGGUCCCUACAAGGCUAAAACGGACAAUGGGAUUGUCUGGCAUACUUGGCAUGGAUGGUGGUACUCGCUGCAAUCUGUGGUUAUGAAAAUCAGGCCAAAUGAUUUUAUUCCAAAUAUUGUUUAAUUUUUCCCUGGUGGGCUUUCGUUCUGUAAUUCAUCUAGGUUUAAUGUGAUUUGAAAAAUAGCUCUUCUGCACAUACACGUGCUUAUAGAUGGUAAUUGUAAUGUGUACUACUUUUCAUUACUACUUACCUUGAUUACAUAAUGAACUGUCAGUGCAGCAAAUAUGUGUAUUCUUCAAAUAAAUAUAGAUUAUUGGAUUCCUA